UUCGCCGACAGCGCAUACCCGACGAGAGUUUCACCGCCUGCCGCGACCACACUAUUCCUCUCCUCGCUACUCGAGUUAGAAUUGUUGGAAACCAUAGUGGGUGUGACUAGCCGUCCCUUUGCUACGAAUUUUCUUCGCAUACCGCCUAAUUGUCCCAAGGAUCUAACACAAACAUGAGCAACCAGCAGUAUUACCCUUUCAAGUGUACCCCUACGGUCUACCCCGCGGACCCCUUCGACCCCGUGUCCGAUGCGGCCACCCUAAAGAAGGCCAUGAAGGGCUUCGGCGCCGAUGAGAAGGCCAUCAUCGACGUCUUGGCCCGCAGGGGCAUCGUCCAGCGGUUGGAGAUCGCGGAGACAUUCAAAACCUCGUACGGCAAAGAUCUGAUAUCCGAGCUGAAGAGCGAGUUGGGGGGCAAAUUCGAGGAUGUCAUCGUGGCCCUGAUGACCCCGUUGCCCCAGUUCUACGCCAAAGAACUCCACGACGCCGUGGCCGGGUUGGGAACGGACGAGGAGGCCAUCAUCGAGAUCCUCUGCACGCUGUCCAAUUAUGGUAUUAGGACCAUCGCCCAGUUCUACGAACAGAUGUAUGGCAAACCCUUAGAAAAAGACUUAAAAGGCGACACAUCCGGCCACUUCAAAAGACUGUGUGUUUCCCUUGUUCAAGCUAACCGUGACGAGAACCAGGGCGUCAACGAACAACAAGCAUUGGUUGACGCUGAGGCGCUGAUCGAAGCCGGCGAGUCGAAGUGGGGCACCGAAGAGUCAAUUUUCAACUCCAUCCUCAUCACCAGGAGUUACCAGCAACUGAGGGCCACCUUCUCCGAGUACGAGAGGCUGACCGGAAAGGACAUCGAGUCCUCCAUCAAGAAGGAGUUCUCCGGCACCAUCGAAAAAGGCCUCUUGGGAAUCGUGAAAUGUGUGAAGAGCAAAGUAGGCUACUUCGCUGAACGCCUCCACGACUCAAUGGCUGGAUUGGGAACAAACGAUAAGACUUUAAUCCGCAUCGUGGUAUCCAGGUCUGAAAUCGAUCUCGCUGAUAUCAAACAAGCCUUUUUGGACAAAUACGGGAAGACUUUGGAGAGCUGGAUCUCUGGGGAUACCUCCGGCGAUUACAAGAGGGUCCUUUUGGCCAUCCUCGACUAAUUCCCGCACAUCCACUCUGCGCACCAUAACCAUACUCGAUAGAAUUAAAAUAUGUAUGCCUUCACACUAAAAUUAUAUACUAGCUUUUCAUCAGACUGCCAUUAGUUAGUAAAAGGAUCUUUGGUUGGUAUACAGUGUUGUAUUUUUGUAUAUUUGCAGGACGACGUUUCCAGCGACAUUAAGUACGUCUUAAGGACUCUUGUCGCAAUCGGCUAGGGUCAAAGUCCACUAUAACGUUCACUCAGGUCAUUACCGGGGUUUUUCCGAUUAAUGAAAACAAAAAAAAAUUGAAUAUGUAAAUGUAUUUAAUAUUGUAUACCUAUUUAAUACAUACUCUGGAUUAGCUUUAGUGGCCUUAAUAAUAAUUAUUAUUGAAAAGGAAAGCAAAAGUAUAUGAAAUUGUUGUUAAUAUAUAAAAUGUUUAAUUCACCGUUGUAAGUUUAAGGAAGGGUGCAGGGCGUUCUGUUCCACAUAUUUAUCCUUCGAUUGUCUUUUUAUAUAAUAUAUAUUUUCAUCUUUUUUAAGUGUUUGUAAAUGUGCUUUUUAUCGGUGCUUAUCAAUAAAACUAUAAAGUACAA